AUGAAGCUCCUGGUUGUUGUGACCUCAGUCGUGCUGCUGGGAGUCUCCCUAUCCUGGAGUCAUCCUACCAAUAUAAGGAACCUGAAGGUGCAUGUCUACACCGAAAGACCAGUGCAUACUGGCGAGAAAAACACAUUAAUCUGUCACCUGAAUGAAUUCCAUCCUCAGUCCAUGUCCGCCAAACUGACCAUGAAUGGUGUGGAGAUUGCCAACUCCCAUGAGGCUCAGGCUGACACGAGCUCCCAGCAAGAUAGACUCGGAAUGACAAAGUACGCCGAGUUUGUCCCCCAUCAGGGAGACAAGAUUGCAUGCGUCGUCAGCCGCAAUGAACAUGAGCCAAAGAACUACCAACUGGACUGUAUGUUAAUGUUAUAG